AUGGACUUGUCCAUCGAUGUCCUCUCAAGCUGUAAAAUACGUGUUUUACUUAUCCCUGUCUCACCCAUUAAGCGUUCUACAUUUCAUAAAUAUGUUGACUUAUUCAAACAUUUUCAUCUCAUUCGUCUUGGAGAUGUAACUCCUGACUUGAAAAAGGGUGCCAACGCCAUGUUUAGUAGUCAGGUCUUUCAAGAAGGCCAAAUGCACUUUGAAUUCCUGACACAUUGGACUCGUGAUCAUGCUGAAUUAGAAGAUUUUCAACCUCAUCGUCGUAUUUUUGGUGUCAUUGGCAUUAUGGAUUGUCAAGAAUGGAAGGAUCUAAAUGAAGGAUAUAAACAGUUUGAGCAGAAUUUGGACAAAUACCCAACUGCGAUUGCAAAUCGUUGCUUUGCUUUUGAUCCAUCAGAAACACAAGAAGAUAAUACAAAAGGUCUUAUCAUGAUACCUAAUGUUGGAAACAUGUCAUUUUAUAUGAGUACAAUGAUAUGUGAUUUUGCUAGUGAGAUAUUAGAACAGUUUACAGUGAUUGCAAAAGAUAUCGAGAAUUUACAAGUAUUAGAAUCUCCUUUACCAUCAAGGAUUUCAAAACAAUACAAACAGGAAGGGAACCAAAGUAAAACAUCAAAAAUAUUCUCUUUACAACCACAACGUCUACAUCGUCAUCAAUCAUCAUCUUCAUCCGCUACAUCUACUACAGGUGAAAGUAUGAGGACUAUAAAAAGAACACCAGGAAGAAUUAGAAAAUUAUUAGGUGAUUUUUAUCUUUUGGCAGGUCGUUUACCUGAUGCAAUUAACCAUUAUGAUCAUGCUAUUGAAACGACUAAAGUAACUUCUGAUUACUUAUGGUUAGCCAGUGCAAUGGAAGGGUUAAUAUGUGCAACUCUAUUAUUAGAAUUUUUACAAAUAGAUAUUGGUCAUAUAGUUUCUCGAAAAUUAAUUGUAUCAGAGGGAAAUACAACAGUUUCAUCAUCAACUACAGGGAAUAUAGCCUUUAUCAUGGAUCAGUAUUUAACUAUCCUUCGAAAUUAUGCUUCUGUAGGUAUAACGGCAAGUUUCCCAGUACCUGAUAUCGUCUAUAUUGAAGCAUGUCUUAAAAUUUCACGGCUUUUAACAACUGUCUAUUUAAAUCAUGGAUGGGAUCAAAGUACCUUCAAUUUAUUAAUUCAGGGUAAAUUAACAAAAGAUAAAAACAUUACUUUAUCAUUUCUUGAAAAUACUCGAUACAGUAAACUAUGUGGGAUUACAAGAUAUCAAAUUUCAGAAUUUGUUACAAAAGUUUGGAAUGUUCAUAUUCAUGAAUUGCCUUUAUUCAAUCAAAUUCAUAUUAUAACAUCUAUGGCUACUAUCUACACCAUCAUUGGAUAUCAUCGUAAAGCAGGUUAUUCAAUUCAUAAAGGCAUUGAACUCAUGUUACCUCUACUUGUACAACAGCGUCGAACUUCGAAACAAUACAAUGACGAUCAAGGUAUUCUAAAGUUACUUCCAAGGCUUUGUGAUAUAUAUGGUAUUGGUGGUCAACAACAAGGAGGAAGAUCGGUUGGUUGGCCAGAGAUACAGAUGAGUAUCCUCCAACAAUCUAUAUCAGUUUCAGAGGCUUAUCUUGAUCAUCAUUCACGACUUUAUUACACCACAGUACUCUUAAAGCAACUCUAUCGUUUCAUACCAAAGGCAGAACAAAUCCGAUUAGCAACAAUAGUUCAACAAGUGACGUUAAUGACUAAUCAGAAAGACACGGAUAUCAUGAAGAUCAAUUAUUGGGAUGUCAAUCUUGUCUCUCGUAUUGAAGUCAAGAAACCCAUUUCAAGAAAGGCAGUAUACAAGUAUAAUGAUACAAUCUUGGAUAUUAAAAAGACUACUCAGGAUCCAUUUAUUUAUAACCCCUUUACCACAAAGAAACCAAAUACAAAUAAUAAAACUUUAUUAGUAAAGGAUGAAGUCUCUGAAUUUGAUGUAACAUUGAUAAAUCCAUUUGGAUUUGAUUUAGAACUUCAAAGCAUCAUAUUAAGCACUCAGGGUAUAAAAUUCGAUGCAAUACCAAAUAUGAUAACCAUACCAGCCAAUACAACUAUUCCUAUCACACUCAUGGGAACUCCUUUAGAGACAGGAAAUCUAAUUAUUUGUGGAUGCUUUAUUCAAAUUAUUGGAUUUACAGAACAAGAGUUUCUAGUUACAAAGAAUACUACUACUAAUAAUGAUAAUCAGUUUAUUAAACUGAAGAAAAGAAAAAAAAUAGAAGAUAAAGAAGAAGAAGAAAAAUCAAAAAAGUUUUAUGAAUUGACGGUGAUUGAUGAACAGCCUUUAUUAAAGAUUAAAUCCACUUCACUGUUACAUGGUGCUGUUAUGCUUUAUGAAGGCGAAAUGACUCAUAUCAUGAUUGAGUUCGAGAAUAUUGGAAAUAUUCCAAUCGAUUAUAUGAAUCUAUCAUUUACAGACUCUACUAUGACCUUACGUACAAACUGUCAAUCAGAGGGACUUUCUCCUGAAGAUCAAUAUGAAUUAGAUUUGUAUACAACGGGAACACAUGUAUUUUCAUGGAAUCAAGAUGAAAAGGAAGCUUUCUUGUUACUGCCAGGUGAAAAAAAGACAAUCCAAGUCCAUGUUUAUGGGAAAAGAGGAUGUCAAGGAGGAACAAUUCAAGUGGAUUAUGGUUAUAUGAAACGUUAUCAAGGACUUGAAAAUACAAAUUCAUCUUUGUCUGUUUAUACUCGUCAACUUUAUUUAAACGUUUUAAUUACAGUCUAUCAAAGCUUGGAGCCUUUAAAAUGGGAUAUAGUCUAUUUAAGACAGGAUUUACCCGCAUCUGAGGAAGUCUAUGCUGUUCAACAACGACAAAUAACAAAAGCUGAAGAUCUUUUACUCGUGACAUGCAACAAUACAGAAGAUCAAGAUAGAAAUAAUUAUUGUUUAAUCACUUUAGAUGUCUUCAACCGAUGGACAAUUCCAUUUGAAAUUCAAUUUAGUAUAAAUAAUAAUGAUUCAAGUAAAGAAGACAAUCCAUUUUUAUACACAACCAUCAUUCAGCCUGAAUCAACGACAAGAAUUAUUUUACCGUUGAAAAGAUUCUACUUGCCUUUUGAAAUAUGCAGACAAGAGAUUCCUUCUUUUGAACCAUAUAAACAAUUUGUUGUGACUCAAGGACACUCCUUGAAUGAAGAACGCUUAGAAAGGUUUUGGUAUAGAGAAGAAUUAUUAAAACGGAUUAAAGCGACUUGGCAAUCCAGGUCAAGAACAGGUGAACUUAAUUUACGAACCUCAUUACGUUUAAACGAAAUACAGCUUGGUGUAUUAAAGAAGGAAGAUGUUGAGUUUAUAGUUGAUUUGAAGAGUAAAAACGACAAUCCAAUCAUAGUCAAGAAAUUGAAUCAUAGAAGGUUUGAAUGCUUAUGUAAUGAGUCAAUCAGAUUGACAAUCACCAUUAGAAAUAGACUAUGUUAG